AACAUGAAAACAUUUUACAAAAACAUGGUUCUACCCUUCUAGAGGUCUCCGACAUCCGAGAUUCCACCGGACGGUAGGAAUUCCGAUACCGGAGUCUAGCCGGGUAUUACAGCUAGUGACGGGUAACAGAACGUGUGUCAUUGGACCACCUGUCCCUGCUACGUUGAUACGAAUGUACGAGGGAAUCAAAUCUCUGCCCCAUGCGUAACGGCCCCCUGAUUCUUCCCGGGUACACAUGCGGAUGGUCCCACAAGGCGAAUGGGCUGAGCUGGGCUCGAGGCGAAUGGCCCCACAAGGCGAUUGGGGCCCGGUCUUUGAGCUGGGCUGGACCCGAUUCUCGGAAGGAGUUUAGAAGCCUUCAGACUAGGAGCUGUCCUAAUGGGCCUGUCCUAAUGGGCUCGGCCUUAGACUGGAGUGAAGAAAUCUAGCGGUCAUCAAUUGCCCCUUUACCUUCUCGUCAGUUAUUAUCCAGCUGAUGAGGGGGUAAAUACCGAGAGUCAUCAUGACCGCGCCGCCCAAGGACAAAACUGUUCGGAACAUCUUUUCGGCAUUUUAUUGUUUCAAAUUUCACUUCCCGUCAGUCUCUCCAGAACGUUGGCUCUUCUCUGUUCUAUCGCUCUCUUUGCUUUUCUCUGCUCGUUUGCCCUAAUCACUUUCCAGGUACGACUCUUCUCUUACCAUGGAUAGCUCUAGUCUCCCUGAUGUCGUCCACCAGGAGUCUAGCAUCACCCCGUCUAACAUUAGGAGUUUUAUCUCUAGGGAAUACCUGGAUACCCCUCUUUACCACAUCCGAGCUCCUUACCGGAAUGAGAGGAUCGUUCUUCCUGAUCCUUCUCCCCCUAGCUUAAUCGACCCUCAAAGGGACGUCAGUUUGGUUUUCUUUAUCAAACAGAGGGAGUACGGUCUGUCCUUCCCCUUUUCUCCUUUCUUCAAAGAGGUCUUCCAGUAUUUCGAGAUUACUCCUCGGAUGCUAACCCCUAACUCCGUUCUUUUCAUGUCUUGCUUUGAGUCUGUGUGUCUGAGCUAAGGGUUUACACCCACGGUUCACUUGUUCGUCAGUUUCUUCAGGCUAGUCAAAGCGAGCCAGAAAUUUUAUUACUUUGCCCCUCGUGGAGGGUUGUCCAUUUUCACGGGUUAUAAAGACUCCAUCAAGGGUUGGGUAGAGGGGUUCCUGGUGGUGGAGUUAAAGAAGAAUACGGGGUUGGCUUGGGAGCUCAAUCUCGACUGGAAGCAUGUCUCUCUGGGUUGUAAUGACCUGCCCCAGUUGGGUCUUACCGAGCAGGUCGGGUUCCUUCGACUGACUUCUGUGGAUAGGAAGUAUGACGUCGAAAAAUGCUUGUUCGCGUCCAACCUUAGGGAUAUUAAGGACGCGGGUAUCUUAUUCUAUCUUCCUGUGUUAAUUUUUGCUUACACGACCUUUGCUCAGAACUGUUCUGAUUUGCUUUGAUUUUUAAUUUUGUAGCCUCCGAGGUGAAGAUGGAUCAAAUUAAGCCUCCCAAGAAUCUCUUACUAUCUCGGGAGAGCAUGGACAUUGCCCUGGAUGCCCUCCUGGCUGGGCAAACUGUGAGGGAGGCUACCCAGAGGGUGGCCGAGGUUAUUUCUUCUAGACCGGCUAUCCGACCUCCUCCUCCUCCGGUUUCCUCACAAGCUCCUAGACCAAGCUCCUGACGUAGUAAGUCGUCUCGGCCCUCUAGUCGCAGCAGAUCGAGCUCGGCUCUCCCGUUCUCUCCAGCCCCCCAACCUCGACGUUCUUCUGGGAGGGCGGAAGAGACUCCGAGAAUUAUUUUUAGAGUGGCCGUGGACGCCGGGCUGGCGAGGACGGAUCCCGCCAUUCCUCCUGUGGACGCUUCUGAUAUGGGGCCAGAAGUCCCCACUGUUGCUAAGGAGGGAGUCCCCAAGGUGGGGCUUGAGGUCCCCAUUAUUGAAGAGGAAGCUCCAGGGAAGAGCAAGGAGGUUAUUCUCGUUGACGAAGAUGUCCAGGGGGCCUCUAUCGGUAAUGUUGGAUCUGGUCCUGCUAAUGACGGAGGAGUCACAGAAAAGGUUGGGGACAAAUGUCCUGCCCUCCCCGAAACGUCUGUCCCAGCUCCUGCUCGGAAGAAAUCCAGGGCCUCCAAGGGAUCAGCUCCAGCUCUUCCUCCUAUUGGAAAGGAAAAGGAAGCUUCCAAGGGAUUAGCUCCUGCUUCCCCCCCUCUAAAGAAGAAAGAUGUUCCUGUGGUACCCCUGUUGCCUGCCCCUGAUAACGACAUUUUGAACGCGGAGGACAUCACUCAUCAGUCUCCUGCGAGCGUAGUUGCCGAAAUCAUUAAGGAGCGGAUGUUCGGCGGUGUUAUAGAGGCUUCAAACCCACGCUUGCUUGCCCUUACUGGUCUUCUAGCCAGUUCCACUAGGGAGCAAGCUGCCUUCCGGUCUCGACCUCGGGGAGAGCUUGGAGAUACAAUCAGGGAAAUGCUCUUGAUGGUGAUGGGCCUCUUUAUGGAGGUGGAUGCUCGCGACCACUCUCUCCAGGAAUCUGUAGACCGCCGGAUUGAGGAGGCACGCCUGGAGGAGAAUCUGUCUGCAACCAGCGAUGCUAGGGGCAACCUUACGGCAGCUCGGGAGCAUGCCAGUUCCCUCCAGAUAGAGCUGCAUACAACACUGGAGGCCUUAAAAAGGGAUGACGGGAAGGCUGCCGAGGCGCAGGAGCAUGUCAAGUCCUUGGAAGUGGAGUUAUCUCACACUCGAAGGAUUCUCGAGGAGUCUAACGAGAGGGCAGCUGCCGCUGAGGUCCGCUGUGAAGAAGUCUUGAAGCAGCUGUCCUCCAUGGUGGAGAUCCUUCGUGAAAAGGAUGAGGCUGUGAGUCAAAGGGACGAGGUCCAGCGUCAGUGCAAUGCCGUGAAGGCCGAUCUUGAAGGAGCUCAAGCUCGUUUUGACAAGAUGAAGGCCCAGAAAGAGGGGGGCCCUAGCUCGGGUCGAGGUUCUCGAGCAGGAGUUGAGUAAGAGUUCAGAUCGCAUCAGAGAUCUGGCCUCGGCAGCAGAGGAAUCUAAACUUCUUAAUCAACAACUCUGUCACGAGGUUGAGACUUUGGAGCAUAGAUGCUCAGCCCUACUCGAGGAUGCCAGACUUGCUGAAGACAGGGUCCAGCUAGAGUGUGAGAGGCGUCUGAUGGAAUAUAAAGAGUCUCCUGAGCUGAAAAAAGAGAUCGAGCAGGCCUGUGAUGCUUGCCUCCAGGAUUAUAAAAGUUCUUCUGAAUUUGAAGCCAAGAUAGCUGAGGCCUGUGAGAAGCGACUUGCGGAGUUCCAAAGCUCUGAUGAAAUGAAAGUUGCCAUAUGGAAUAAAGGUCUCCGUAUGUUCGCCUCUGGGUAUAAUAGAGGUUUGAGGACAGCUAGAUACGCUCCCUCUACCCCGCUGUUUGAACUCCGAGCUAAGGAGGAAGACUCUGAUGGUGAGGAGGUGCUUUAUGGGGAGGACGACAGACCUUUGCCCAAGGGAGCUUCUCAUACUGCAGUUGGGCCUUCUGAGGCAGACGCCGAGCUGGCUGAUGGAGACGAUGGGUCUCGGGGGCUGGAGGUCGUGCCUUUUAUGGGCCUUGGGGGGUCGAGCCAGAAGGUGUUGGGUCUCCCAAAGACAGUAAUGUAAAGAAUGUAGAUGUAGAUAGUGCAGAAAGUAAUGUAGAUGUUAAUGCCCCUAGACAUGUAAGUCCUUUAAGGACUAUUUUUCCUUCAGUAGAGUAAACUACAAAGUAGGUUGUAUUUACUUUUCUUUUAAUGAUAUUUGAUUGUUGUGUUUGGUAUUA